AGGGUAACAUCCUGCGCCAGAAUUUCCGGUAAAAGACGCACGAAGCCACGUGCGUGGCCGCGACUCCCCAGCGCUCGCCUUUAAGAUUCGCUCACCGGCAAAUUGUUUAUAUUGUCCGAUCUCGACUCGCCUGCUCACCGAUUGGUUACCCCCUCCCCUUUCCGGCUCUGGCGAUCUGCCCACCUCGCUUAUUUCACCGAAUCAGAAAAAGGGGAUUGAGAGAUUCCUUCGGAGUGAUUUUCUUAAAAAAUUUGAUUUUCUUCCGCGUUUAUAGGGUCGGAGGAUUGCAUAUCAUUGUUCUUUACACUUCUGCUUGAAUACUCUGCAUGCAGUGCCUGGAUGGGAGUUGAAGAGUUUAGAAUGACAGGAGCAGCUUCGCCGGAUAACCCCGACGAGGGGCAGGAGUCGCCGACGUCAACGUCUGCUUCGCCGGAGAACGGGUUGGAAGGGGUUGGGACGCCCGGGGGUUCGUCGGAUGACAUGGGUGGUUCUGCUGCGGUGUUGGACGCAACGUCAUCAGCGACGACGUCACGUUGUUCGUCUCCGCUUGCGAGCGGGGGGCAAGUAGGGCAUUUUCCGAGCGGUAGCCUCCAGCAAUGGAAGCGACAGAUGCAGCGGGUAUGGCGAUGGGGGCCAGCCGGGGGCGCCGUGUCUGCCGGGAAUAGGGAGCAAAGUUUGAUGGCGACGCUGAAUCUGGAGAUUAUGGCGAAACAGAAGAGGCUUUGGUACCGAACGCAAUCGAAAAAUCGGGAUAUUAAGCAACAUUGGGAGCCAACCUCACUUUUUGAACAAUUCUUUAUUGUGGGGCUCCACUCACAUGCAAAUGUUGAAGUUCUUGAGCGUGCGUUCUCUAAAAGAAAGGCCUGGGAAUCUGAAGCAGCAAAGUCUGAUGUUUUAGAUCUUAGGAAGCUUCAGUACAAUGGACAAAUCCCUGCUCUUGAACCUCAGGUUCUUUUCAAGUAUCCUCCUGUGAAGAGAGUUGCAAUGAGGGAAAGUGAUAUACCGGACUUCUGUUUUCCUGAAGGUGUCAAGGCUCGUCUGGUGGAGAGAACACCUUCAAUGAGUGAUCUUAAUGAGCUAGUGUUUGGACAGGAGCAUCUGGCAAGAGAUGAUUUAUCUUUUAUUUUCUGCCUUAAGGUUUCGGAUAAUUCAACAUUGUAUGGUGUAUGCUUACAUGUUCAGGAGAUUGUUCAGAGGGCACCAGGUAUUUUAGGCGCUGUUUCACCAGUUGCCACUUCUUGCAAGCCAACCCGUUUUUUGGUAGCUGCACCACGUUGUUAUUGCUUGCUUACACGAGUUCCAUUUUUUGAACUGCAUUAUGAGAUGUUAAACAGCAUAAUUUCACAAGAGCGCUUGGACCGGAUUACUCAAUUUAUCAGCGACUUGAAUCCCAUUGAUCCUGUUCCUCGAGUAAUUGGAGAGCAUGUAAGUGUUGAUGAGAAUUGCGAUUACCUCGGGAGGGAAUCCUUCCACAGUUGGACGGAAUUUGCAAUUCCAAUUGACAGUGUAGCAGGCCUUACGUCAUCUUCAGCUGAGAGGGAGGCUGCGCCAAUUUUAUUCAGGCCACCAGACUGCCAUUCUCCAGAAAGUGCUUGUUUUAGCGAAAUUUCAGACACAAGUCAUGCAAGAGAAUUGGAUAAGGAGUCCAGAAGGUCGUGGCAAUGUUUGGAUGACUGCACCUCGGAAAAUUCUGGAUACCGUUCCGAUAGCUUUGAAACAGUUAGUGGAGUCUUUGAAAAUGGACAGACUUCACCUGAGCUGAAUUCAACAAUUUAUCAUGCUAGCGGCUUCCGAUUAGAACGUGUAGAAAGUUUGGAGUCUAUCUACAGUUCAUUUAAAGGUCUGGGAUCUGAAGAUGAAGAUGAUGAAUUUUGCUCUAAGCUUGACACGAAUGCUGGUGAUGAAAAAGUAAUUGAAUGGGCUAAGGCAAAUGGUAAUGAACCUCUGCAAAUUGUGUGUGGUUAUCAUGCCCUUCCAAUACCCACCCAUGGCAAGGAAAUAAUUUUUCACCCUUUGGAGCAUUUGCAACCAAUUAAUUAUUGUCGGCCAGAUCUAUCUUCUCUGGGAUUGGAUAGCAAAUAUGGCGGUGAAAAACUUGAUUAUCCUGAAUUUAAUGAGCUCAACUCAAGAUUAGCAGCUGCUGAAGAAGCUUUUGCCUUCUCAAUUUGGACGGUUGCUACGGUUUGCCGAGCUCUAUCUCUUGAAAGUGUUUUGGCGCUUAUCACUGGAGCAUUAUUGGAAAAGCAAGUUGUAGUCAAAUGCCCAAAUUUGGGAGUCUUAUCAGCUAUUGUUUUCUCAACUAUUCCUAUGAUUCGACCUUUCGAGUGGCAGAGCUUGUUUCUUCCGGUGCUGCCACGAAAAAUGCUUGAUUUCCUUGAUGCUCCAGUUCCCUUUAUUGUGGGUAUACAAUUUAAACCAUCAGACAAAAGACUGAAAGCAAACAAUCUUAUACGGGUUAACGUUUGCAAGAACAAGGUUAAUACGUGCUCUUUGCCUCAACUUCCACGCUAUAGGGAACUUGUCUCUGAACUGACUCCAGUUUAUGCUAGAUUAGCAUGUGAAGAUUCCAUAGCUAAAAGGCAUCCUGUAUAUAAAUGCAGUGAAGUUCAGGCAGAGGCUGCUGGAAGCUUCUUGUGCAUUUUGAGACGCUUCAUGGAAUCACUAUGUUUGAAUUUGCGAGCUAACACAAUUACUAAUAUACAGGCCAACAAUGACAAGGUUUCUCUUCUUCUUAAAGACAGCUUUAUUGAUUCAUUCCCCAUGACGGAUCGACCAUUCAUGAAGCAUUUUGUGGACACCCAGCUGUUUUCUGUUCUAUCGGAUUCUCGAAUGUCCAGCUUCGAGAAUGAAAAGCCAUUACAGUGAGCACUUGCGCUGCUCGUCCGUGGAUUAAACCAUGAUGGAGAAAAUGAGGCAGGAGGCCUCUUCGAUAGGAAAAAUUAUUAUAUACGGACACCGACACGUAUGCAUACGGUGUCCGUUCUCACCGUUCAUCAUAGCAACAGUGGGCCUUAUUUUAAUUUUUUUAAAUUAAAAAAAAAAUUUGAUGAACGAUUUUUGUAUACGGAUACCGUAUGCAAUAAUUUUUCUUUCGAUAGGCGCCUGGUUCUGCUGCAGUGCAUGUGUGCGCCGCGGUGGUGGAGCUCUCGCCUCUGAAAGAAAAUUCCUCAGGCAGAAUUGUUGCAUUGUGCGGCCAUAUGAUCAAAAUGAGAACCAUUCCAUUUUUUUAGAAGGGGAUGGCCAUGAUUAGAUUAGAAUUUGUAGGUCAUUUUUUUAAGAGUAUUUUCAUUUUGUAUAUGUAAUUAAUAU